AUAUACUCCGUUUAGCUAGGGUUUUCUCGCAUCUUGCUGCUCCUGCUCCACUCUGCUAGGGUUCUUGUGGUUUUCCUCGGUUCUUCUACUACGUCGGCAAGAUGGUUCUUCAAAACGAUAUUGAUUUGUUGAAUCCUCCUGCGGAGCUUGAGAAGAAGAAGCACAAGCUCAAGCGACUUGUUCAGUCCCCCAAUUCGUUCUUCAUGGAUGUGAAAUGCCAGGGCUGUUUCAACAUAACAACUGUUUUCAGCCACUCUCAAACUGUUGUCGUGUGCGGCAACUGCCAGACCGUUCUGUGUCAACCAACUGGUGGCCGGGCCAGACUCACCGAAGGUUGCUCUUUCAGGAGAAAGAAUGAUUGAUGUUACUCAACCUUUUCCACAAGUAGCCUGUCUCUGUCCUGGAAGUGGUUCAUAUAUUUUAGUGCCUUAAUGGUUUUUUGUUUUUGGUUAUAUGAUGAUAUCUUAAGUUUGACACUGUUUUGAAAGACCCACCUAGCAUUUUGAUUUUAGGCCUCUACAAUAGCAGAUUUGGUGAAUGAUUUAAAUAUGUUUUUGAAUUGCAGAAAGGUAAUUCCUUUUUGAUCUUAAUGGAUUAUCUUUUUGAGUCUUGUA